UUAGAAUAUUACAUCACCUUAAUAAAACUAGAAAAUACACUAUUACAUGUUUAGAAUAUCAAAUCACUUAUGUAUUUUGUUAAAAAACCAACAUACUAGAUAUUGUUUGUUAAUGGACGCAGUCGGAAAGUCACGUGAUUAUGCGCAAUUUUAAUGGCGCUAUUAGUUACCAUCUUGGAAAGGGGAUACUAAUUUAGAAAUCGUAUGUAAAUAUAAGUUUUGAAGUUUGAAAAAAGAUAUGUCAAUUUAUGAAUACUUCGAAAAAUUAGAUUUUAACGCUGCAGAAAGGUACAAAAACAAACUUGCGAUCCUUGGAAUUAAUCAAUGUCCGUACAAAUUCCCUGCAGAUGCUUGGAAAGAUGACCCAACAGAAUGGCCAUCUGUUCAAUACCAUGAUGUAUAUCAUUAUCUAAUAAAAAGUCCUAAAAUCUUUUCUCCUGAGGCUAUAGAUAACUACAAAGCAUUAGAUGCUUAUAAGUAUUUUGUCUCUGGUUGGGUGCAAGAAGUUUUACAUAUGAUAUUGAGCUCAGGUUUUGUUAUUUUUAAAGCAGAAGUUAAACCAUCUUACAGAACAAACGACCCAACUCAUACACCGUGGAUUGCUGUUAACAACAAAGGAUCAAUCAUCUUAAGUCACUGUAACUGCAUGGCAGGACUUGGUGAAACCUGCUCUCAUGUUGCAGCUGUUUUAUAUAAAUUAGAAGCAGCAGUUCGUUUGGGUUUGACAUCAAAAUCUUGCACAGAUGUCCCUUGUAAAUGGAAUCAAAAUUUUACAAAAGAUGUUAAUCCUGCUCCAAUAUCUGAGAUAAUUUUUUACAGUGCUGAUGCAAAACAAAAAAUACGAUCAAACAUAUCAACUGCAUCAUUAACUCUAAAUGAAGAACAUCAGACUCGUUUUCUUGAAUCAAUAAAGAAGAACAAUCCUAAAGUUGUAGCAUUAUCAUUGUUUGAAGGUUUCCAAAAGCCUUUUGUCUCUUUUCAAAAUUAUGAGCCAGCCAGAUUGCCAAAAACACUAAGGAGUCUGUAUCUCCCAUCAUAUGCCAACCUCAGUAAGGAAAAUUUAUCAAUUGAAGCAGAAAAACUUUUUAACUCGCUGUCAAUUACCACUCAGCAACUUAAAUACCUGGAGGAAGUAACUAGAAAUCAGUCGUCUUCCAUUUCUUGGUAUGAACACAGGUGUGGUCGUAUAACUGGGUCUGUUAUGCAUGAUGUUUUGAAAGCUUCUAUUGAAAAUCCACCUAAGUCUUUAGUUAGGAAACUUACAAAACCAAAUUUUUGUAAAAGUAAUACACCUUCAUUAAUAUGGGGACGUGAAAAUGAAGAAUUUGCAUAAGCUGAGUAUGUAAAUAUCAGUUCUGAUGACACAUACAUGAGUGAAUCCCUUUGCCUGUCAGUAGUCAUGAUUCACAAUCUUGUUGAAGUAAAAACCUUUGGUUUUGUAGUUUCACAAGAGAAACCAUGGCUGGGUGUGUCUCCUGAUGGUGUUGUACAUUGUUCAUGCUGUGGGUACGGAGUUGUUGAGGUGAAAUGUCCUUACAGCCUUAAAGAUAUUGGAUUGACUUCUUCGUUAGAUGAUAAAAAUUUUUAUGUAAAAAAAAGUAAUAAUGGUUUCAUGUUGGAAAGAACGCAUCCAUAUUUUAGUCAGGUACAACAUGGAAUGUUCAUAUUAGACUUGCAUUAUUGUGAUUUUGUUGUCUGGACUCCAAUUGAUUUUUUAUUUUUUCGAAUUGAACGUGAUCCUUAUUUUGUGAAUGAGAUGAUCACCAAAAGUACAAAGUUCUGGAAAAAUGUGAUCUUACCAGAACUAAUGACAAGAAAGUUGGAAAUCACAGAUGUUAAAACUGUUGAACAACAAAAAGAAGGAGAAGUAUUUUGCAUUUGUAAAAAAUCCAACAGUAAUUGGGAUAUGGUAGGUUGUGAUUGUUGUGAUCAAUGGUUUCAUCUAACCUGCCUGAAACUAAAAAAUUUACCAAAAACAAAGGUCUGGUAUUGUCCAACCUGUCGACAAAAAAAAUAAUAUUUUAUUAUGUAUAUAUAUUAUUAUUUUUGUUUUGUUUCUUUUAAAUGA